CCGAAUUCCGAGAAUAUUAAUAGGCGCCACACGUCCUCUCUUGCCAAUGCUGUCUUCCAUUCUCACCACAUUUUCUCCCCUUUGAUCCAAAUUUUGCACUCAAUUAAUCCAGUCCAGUCCGGUCCAGUCCAAGCGAUGAAGCCCGCCGUGUUGGUCGACGAUGCCUUCAUCUUCCAGGAGGAGACCCAUCUCACCGCCCUCAAGACCUCUCUCUUCUUCGCCGGCGACGGCUUCACCGUCUACGACUCCAAAGGCCAGCUCGUCUUCCGUGUCGACUCCUACGGCCCCGACGGCCGCGACAAGUCAGAGCUCGUCCUCAUGGACGCCUCCGGCCGCUGCCUCCUCACCGUCCGCCGCAAGAGGCCGAGUCUGCAUCAACGGUGGGAGGGUUUUUUAGGGGAGAGAGUGGAGGGCCAGAAGCCCAUGUUCAGCGUGAGGAGAUCGUCGAUCAUCGGACGGUCGAGCGUGACGGUCGAGGUGUACGGCGGGGGGGAGGAGUACCAGAUCGAAGGGUCGUUCGGGCAGAGAUGCUGCACGAUCACGGAGGUGGCGACGAAGCAACAGGUGGCGGAGAUCAGACGCAAAGUGGAUGCGUCGUCGAAUGUGGUGCUUGGGAAGGACGUCUUCUCGCUGUGUGUAAAACCGGGCUUCGAUGCCGCCUUCGCCAUGGGCUUGGUGCUGGUGCUUGAUCAGAUCAACGGUGACUAUGAAGAUGAUGACCUCGUUGUCGAUGAUUCUUCUGGGACCGAGGUGUUGGGCCCCCAUGCUGGCGAUCCUAUUUCAAACAUGCCCUCCUAAUUUCCUCCUCUUUUUUUUCCUUCUUCUGAGGGGGGUAGUUGGCCACGUGGAGCUUGUUGAUAGGCGAACUGUUUUCGUUUCAUUUUUCUUUUCUUUUUGCGUGUUGGGUUGUAGAAGAUGAUGGUAAUGCAUGUUCGGUUAGAUGUAUGCUCCACCUUUAUAUAUAUAUAUAUAUAUAAUUAAAAUAA